CCUUCAAAAUUAUGUUGGGAAAGUGGAGACUUUCUCUGACCAGCAGCUCUGUGGACAGGAGAGGAAUUCCAGUUUGGACCAAGAGGAACUAGAAGCUCUGCAGAUAAAAGAAGAGCAGCAAGAACCAGAACAUUCCUGGACAAAAGAGGAAACAAUAGAGUUCCCCAUAAGUGAGCAGGAAGAGCAGCUUGUUCUGAAGAAAGAGCCUGCAGAUACAGAAGAGAAACCUUUCCAAUGUUUGACAUGGGGAGAAAACCUCCUAAAAAAAGAACAUUUAAUCGUUAAUUUGAGAACUCAAACAGGUCAGAAGAUGUAUGAAUGUCCGUCUUGUGGAAAAAGCCUUACAAGGAAAUCUAGUCUUGAUAGACACAUCAGAAAUCACACAGGCGAGAAGCCUUUUUCCUGUUCCAUUUGUAACAAAAAUUUUACUGAAAAGAGCAGUUUGACUACUCACAUGAGAAUUCACGCAGGUGAGAAACCUUUUUCCUGUACAAUUUGUAACAAGAAUUUUACUGCAAAAAGUAGUUUGACUUCUCACAUGAGAAUUCACACAGGUGAGAAGCCUUUCGAAUGUCUGACCUGUGGAAAAAGCUUCACUCAAAAAUGUGAUCUUGAUAGACACACGAGAAUUCACACAGGUGAGAAACCUUUUGAAUGUCUGUCCUGUGGAGAAAGCUUCACUCAGAAAUCUGAUCUUGAUAAACACAUAAGAAUUCAUACAGGUGAGAAGCCUUUUUCCUGCACCAUCUGUAACAAGAAUUUUACUGUAAAAAGUAGUUUGACUUCUCACAUCAGAACUCACACAGGUGAGAAACCUUUUUCCUGUACCAUUUGUUACAAACAUUUUACUGUAAAAAGUAGUUUGACUACUCACAUGAGAAUUCAUACGGGUGAGAAACCUUUUGAAUGUCUUUCCUGUGGAAAAAGCUUCACCCAGAAAUCUGAUCUUGAUAAACACAUCAGAAUUCACACAGGUAAGAAGCCCCUUUCCUGUACAAUUUGUAACAUGAAUUUUACUGAAAAAAGUUAUUUGACUACUCACAUGAGUAAUUCACACGGGUGAAAAGCCUUUUUCCUGCAUGAUUUGUGGCAAAAGUUUUCUCAAAAAUAUCUUUUGACUAGACACAUGAUAAUUCACACAAGUGUUAUAUUGUAAACCUGGUUAAAAAUAUAUAUUUUUGAGACUUUUAACUGAAUGAUAAGCUAUUGGUUGGAUAUAUUCCAGAAACAGACUUUAUUUGAGAUGAAAAUAUCCUCAGAUUAAAAGCAGUGGUGUCAAAAGUACACACUUGUUACUUAAGUAGAAGUAUAGAUACUUCAGUUUAAAAACACUCUGGUAAAAGUUGAAGUAUCAACUUGACCUCUUUACUCAAGUAAACGUGA